AUUAAUCCGUGUGGGACAAAUCCACGUUCUCUUGUCAAUCGUGGCUGUCACUUCACUCCUCAACAUCGUCGAUUUUAUUCGAUCUUCGCCGCUGAGUUGUCGAUAAGAAGAAGUCAGCCCACUCCUCAAUUCACACUCGGGUUUCUCGUGUUCCCUGCCCCGACCGCCUUUGAGUUUCGUGCUUUCACUCUUUGACUCGCUGUGUUGGAACAAUUCGCAGCUAAUGUCGAUUCCAUUCUUAAAGUUUCAUUUUCUAAUCACCGCUGCACGAAGGGCACAGCAACACUCAAGCGGCCCGUCAGCGCACUUAGAAUCAUCGCCCUUCUCCCCCAACCCUUUCCCUCCGCCUCGUAAUGCAGAUUGAGUCUUGCUAUCGAUUACUUUGUCGACAAUUCACGCAGCUUGAUGUACUGCACCUUCUUUAGCUGCUCGUGUGGCGGUUCAAUAAGCAUCGGGUUCGCUAUCAAUACACAACAUCCCUCCGUAAGAUUACAAACCUCUUUAACUCCCCCGUUUACUUUAUAACCACUAGCGAUAACCUCCCCUGCCUGCCCCCCUUAACUUCUGUUAACUCGCGCGUGAAUAACAAACGCGCAAGUUUCGCCGCGUCACCAUCACCAUCCCAAGUCGAUAAAACGACCUGACGCCCUUUAUUUUCUCCGUAGAAAAGUUCAUUGACGCACACAAAAAAGCCACAAGCCAAGUUAGAAUAAAGAAAGCAUCUGUGAAGACAUCCCCAUCGCUUAAUAAGAGUGGGCCCCCCUUGUGGCUGGUCCGGCCACACGCAGUCAGCCAGAGACCCACCACCACCACCGAGCACCGACCAUGGCGUUGAAGAUCGUGAAGGGCAGCUUGGACAGAAUGUUCGACAAAAGUCUGCAAGACCUCGUGCGAGGCAUUCGAAACCACAAAGACGACGAGCCCAAGUACAUAUCAAUGUGCAUCGAGGAGAUCAAGCAGGAGCUGAGGCAGGAGAACAUUGCCGUCAAGGCCAACGCAGUGGCCAAGCUCGGCUACCUUCAGAUGCAGGGCUACGACAUCAGCUGGGCAGCCUUCAACGUCAUCGAGGUCAUGAGUUCAGCGAAAUUCACGCACAAGCGCAUUGGAUACAUGGCAGCAUCGCAGUCGUUUCACGAGGGCACCGAUGUCCUGAUGCUCACAACCAACAUGAUCCGCAAGGACCUGAGCAGUCAAAAUCAGUACGACGCCGGCCUGGCACUCACCGGCAUGGCGUGCUUCAUGACCCACGACCUCGCCCGCGACCUCGCCAACGACAUCAUGACCCUGAUGUCGUCGACGCGCCCCUACAUCCGCAAGAAGGCGGUGCUCAUCAUGUACAAGGUGUUCCUCAAAUACCCCGAGUCGCUCCGCCCGGCAUUCCCUCGUCUCAAGGAGAAGCUGGAGGACCCAGACCCAGGCGUGCAGUCGGCGGCGAUGAACGUGAUCUGUGAGCUGGCGCGGAGGAACCCGAAGAAUUACCUCUCGCUGGCGCCGCUGUUCUUCAAGCUCAUGACCUCGUCCACCAACAACUGGGUCCUCAUUAAGAUUAUCAAGCUGUUUGCGUCGCUCACUCCCCUGGAGCCACGGCUGGGAAAGAAACUCAUCGAGCCUCUCACCAACCUCAUUCACAGCACUUCGGCGAUGUCGCUGCUGUACGAGUGCGUCAACACCGUCAUCGCAGUUCUCGUUUCCUUGUCUUCAGGGAUCCCGGACCACAAUGCUAGCAUCCAGCUCUGUGUGCAGAAACUACGAAUUCUCAUCGAAGACUCCGACCAGAACUUGAAGUACUUGGGGCUGCUCGCCAUGUCCAGGAUCCUGACCUCGCACCCCAAGGCCGUGCAACCGCACAAGGACCUGAUCCUGCAGUGCCUGGACGGCAAGGACGAGUCGAUCCGCCUGCGCGCCCUCGACUUGCUCUACGGCAUGGUCUCCAAGAAGAACCUGAUGGAGAUCGUGAAGAAGCUGAUGUCUCACGUGGACAAGGCGGAGGGCACGUCCUAUCGCGACGAGCUGCUCACCAAGAUCAUCGACAUCUGCAGCCAGUCCAACUAUCAGCACGUCACCAACUUUGAGUGGUACGUGAGCGUGCUGGUGGAGCUGACUCGGCUGAAGGGCACGCAGCACGGGCCGCGCGUCGCCUCGCAGCUGCAGGACGUGGCGGUGCGCGUGCGCGCUGUGCGCCCCUUCGCCGUGCGCCAGAUGGCGCUGCUGCUGGACGAGGGGCCCCAGCGGGGGCUUGCCGACGUCCUGUCGGCCGCCGCCUGGAUCUGCGGGGAGUUUGCAGAGCACCUGGAAGAGCCGCGCGUGACCCUCGAAGCCCUCCUGCGCCCGCGCGUGUGCACGCUGCCCGGCCACGUCCAGGCCGUGUACGUGCACAAUUCCGCCAAGUUGUUCGCCUGGCUGCUGGGGUCGCUGUCGGGUCGCGACCCCGACGACCCCAACGACAACGCCGGCAGCGGCCUCGGCGACCUCGUCAGCCUCAUGGCCGACCGCCUGCCGCCGUUUGUGAACAACGGCGACCUGGAGGUGCAGGAGAGGGCGUCGGGCGUGCUGCAGCUGGUGCGCUACGUGCAGAAGCUGCACGUCAAGGACGUGGCCGUGGUGGCGGAGGUGGCCUCGCUCUUCUCCGGGGAACUCAACCCCGUGGCGCCCAAGGCCCAGAAGAAAGUACCCAUCCCGGAUGGGCUGGACCUGGACAGCUGGAUUAACGAGCCCUCGUCGGGAAGCGAGGAGGAGGAAGAGGAGGACGGGGAGAACGAGGGCAAGCGGAAACGAGGCAUCGUGGAGGAGCACAGCGAUCCGAGUCAACGCCGGCAGCCGGAGCCCAGCAAGGACGAGAUGAACAAGAUGCGGGAGCAGCGCAAGCGGGAUCAGGAGAGCAAUCCCUACUACAUCAAGAGCUCCCCCUCCCACCAAAAGAACUCCUCGCCAGGAGUGAAUCACAUCCCCGUCGUGGAGAUUGACCUCGACGUGCCGCUGAAAAUGCCAGGCUUGCACGCGUCGUCGGAGCAGCUGGCGCGGCAGGAGGAGGAGCGGCGACGGAAGCAGCGCACCGCGGCGGGCGGGGGGGAGGCGCGUCGCAAGGGCGACAAGGACGGGCGGCGGCGCAGGCGGCGGCACCGCACGGCCGACAGCGAGGAGGACAUCGCGCCCGCGCAGACGGUCGACAUCGUCACCGAGGAGAUGCCCGAGGACGCCCUCCCCAGUGACGAUGAAGAUAAAAGGUUCGACCCCAAAGACCCCUACAGAGCUCUGGACAUGGAUUUGGACAAGCCGCUGACCGACGGCGACAAGCUGCCGGUGAAGACUCACCGCAUCGUCUCGCCGGACAGCGAGAGCCCCGUGCAGCCGGGCAAGAUGAGCGGCAAAGAGCAGGGCAAGGAGAAGAGGAAGAGCAAAGAGAAGGACAAGGGCAAAGACAAGGAGAAGGACAGGAAGAAGGGCAAGAAGGACAAGAAAGAGCGGAAGAGGCACGGCUCGCACGGGGACAAGAAGGCGGUGGCCGCCACGUCACAUGACCCGGAGCCUAGGGGGGCGGCCGGCGAUGGAGAGGGCGGCACCAGCACGCCCGCCAAUGCAGACCUGAACGAUUUGGAUUUCUGGCUGUCCGACGCAGUGUCUCCCUCCAAAGCCAAGUACGAGUUCAUCGAGAGCACAGCGCCUUCAGCAGCACACGAGCCGGAAGUGGCGGACAACAGCGAGAAGAGGCACGAGAAGGACGAAGAAGAGGUCGCGACCCCCGGGGAGAGCCGGGAGAGUUGUCAAGAGGAGGAGGAGGAACCAUCGCAGAAAAGCCGCAAGGGCCGCAAGGAGGAGGGUUCGUCAUCGCAGAAGAGUCGGAAGAGCUCCGAAAGUCACGAGGAGGAGGGGGACGCGUCCCGGAAAAGCCGGAAGAGCAGGGACGGGCACAGCAAGCCGUCCCGGAAGAGCAGGGAAGAAGACGGAAAAUCGUCUCGGAAGAGCCGGAAGAGCCGGGAGGAGGAUGGCGAUUCGUCCCAGAAGAGCGGCAAGAGCCGGGAAGCUGAUGGCGAGUCGUCCCGAAAGAGCGGCAAGAGCCGGGAAGCUGAUGGCGAGUCGUCCCGGAAGAGCCGGAAGAGCCGGGAGGAGGAUGGCGAGUCGUCCCGGAAGAGCCGGAAGAGCCGGGAAGAGAAGGCCGCGUCGCCUGGAAAGGCCGCCCCCCUGCAGAACGGCGAUGAGCUGCCCGUUCUGCUGCCCCCGAUGUCCAGGUACAAGCUCCUGGCCGAGAACUCCCACCUCAAGUUGACGUACGACGUCCAGGGCGACGCGGGCAGCGGUGGCAGCAAGGUGGUCGUGUCGCUGAUUGUGGCCAACAAGGGCGAGGCUCAGCUCAAGUCCAUGGAGCUCAACGUCCUCGACUCGCUCAACAUGAGGCUGCUGAGGCCGCCCGGCGCCGCGGCGCACGAUGGGAUCGCGGUCCCCUUCCAGCUGCCCGCCGGCGUCUCGAACGAGAUGCACGUCGCAUUCAACGUCCAGUCCAUCGUGAUGCCGCAGAAGCUCAAGGGCUCCCUCGCGUUCAUGGUCAAGACGGAUGAUGGCUCCUCGCACGAGAAACUGGACUUUACGCUACAGUUCACCUGCUCGUCCUACCUUCUCACCACCUCCUGCCACAGCGAGGCGUUUGCGGAGCUGCUGGGCGGCGGGGAGCUCAAGUCGGCGUCGGUGCGCGCCGGCAGCGUCGCACAGCCCUUCGCAGUGCUGCUCGCCCGCGUCUGCCUCCUGCACCGAUUCUCCGUGGUGGAGCGCUUGGGAAAUUGCGCGUCGCUCUACAGCCGCUCCAUCCAGGAUCACCCCGUGUGUCUGCUGCUCAAGCUCGCGGAGGGCUCAAUGGUGUCGGUGGACGGCAAGAGCAGCGACCACGCUUUGCUGUCGAACAUCCUGGACGAGCUGAAGCUCACGCUCGGCGGCUCGUGACGCCGCGUGCCGAGCCAGGGGUCCUUCGAUGACGUGACCCCUCCUCCUCCUCCUCGCCAAUUCAAUUAAUCUUUCAGUUACCCACUCGCUCACUCGCUCGCUCGCUCGCCCGCCCAACCAACAGCCCACUCACCCACCCGUCAACUCAGCCACCCGUCCGGCCACUCUCACCAACUCUCACUGUCUCACUCGUCCACCCUACUCACUCACCGACCAACGCGACCCACACAGCCACGCUCUUACCCGCCCACCCACUCGCCAACCCACCCACUCACUCACCCACGCAUGCACCCGCCCACCCACGCAUACACCCGCCCACUCUACUCACUCAGACCCAGGCGGCUCACACAGCCACAAUCUUACCUGCCCACCCACUCACCCACCCACUCACUCACCCACGCAUACACUUGCCCACCCACGCAUACACUCGCCCACCCACUGCACUCGCCCACCCACUGCACUCACCCGCCCACUCUACUCACUCACAGACCCACCCGGCUCACACAGCCACAAUCUUCCCUUCCUACUCACUCAGCCACCCACCCACUGCCCCCCCCCCCGCACGCUCGCGACACCUCGGCCGCGCCUGCCGCGUGGCUCGGCACGCUCGGCUCAAUCUCCCCCGCGCCAGCCUCGUACCUCCUCCGUGCACCGUGCACAACAUCUCAGGGUUGGGGAGGGGCGGGCCGUCACUCGCGUGUGCGACGGGCCGUCGUACAAUCGACGGCGCCUGCUCUGCACUCGACGCGGGGUGCUCAGGGGGGGGCCCUUCUUACGCCGUUCCGUACCUCAUGAACACAUUUGCAGAACUUAGCUUGGUGGACCUCGUGACACUGCGGGGAG